AUGGAAUUAAACGAGAAGAUUUUACACUAUCUAGAGAAAAGUGGUAAAGUGGACACUCUUGUGUUGGCAAGGGAAUUUGAGGAGGACCAUCAAAAAAUUGUCGGCGCUGUGAAAAGUUUGGAAGCACUUGAAAUGGUCACUUUGGAAGCUGUAAAAAGUACGAAAUGGGGGUUGACAGAGGAAGGACAGUUGGUGGCUGACCAGGGCAGCCACGAGGCUAUUCUCUACCGUAGUAUUCCUGACGUUGGGAUGCCUCAGGCCGAAAUUAUCAAGACUGUACCUAAUGCAAAAAUUGGCUUCAGCAAAGCAAUGUCAGCUGGCUGGAUCCAAUUAGACAAAUCUGGGGGAGCACCACAAGUAAAACGCAAAGUUGACAGUAUUACAGACACAGUCCAAGAGCACUUAAAUGAAAUUAAAAAGGGUAUAGAUAAUUUACCAGAAAAUGUAAGAAAUGAUUACAAGAAACGAAAACUGCUACAGGCCAUUACAGUCACAAGUUUCUUAUUGUCAAAAGGACCACAAUUUUCUACAACUAUUAAAAAGUUAGAAACGGAUUUGACUAGUGAAAUGCUGUUAAGUGGUGCGUGGAAGAGUAUGCAGUUCAAACCUUACAAUUUUGAUGCAUUAGGGCAACCUCCAGAAUCCGGACACCUCCAUCCUCUACUUAAAGUACGAUCCGAAUUCAGAGAGAUCUUCCUUGAAAUGGGUUUCGCAGAGAUGCCUACAAAUGCCUAUGUAGAGAGUUCCUUCUGGAAUUUCGACGCUCUAUUCCAACCCCAACAACAUCCAGCUCGAGACGCCCAUGAUACAUUCUUCAUUAGUGACCCGGCGAAGACUACGACCUUCCCUAUGGAGUAUUUGGAACGGGUUAAGAAGGUUCACAGUGAAGGCGGCUAUGGGUCACAGGGUUACAGGUAUGCGUGGAAGAUCGAAGAGGCGCAGAAGAACCUGCUGCGCACGCACACCACGGCGGUGAGCGCGCGGAUGCUCUACAAGCUCGCUCAGCAGAAGGAGUUCACGCCGCAGAAGUACUUCAGCAUUGACAAGGUAUUCCGCAAUGAAACGCUUGACGCAACACAUCUGGCAGAAUUUCACCAAGUCGAAGGAGUGAUCGCCGACCGCGGCCUAGGAUUGGCUGACCUCAUCACAGUAUUUGAUACUUUCUUCAAGCGCCUUGGCUUCGACCGGCUUCAGUUCAAGCCGGCGUACAAUCCUUACACUGAACCUAGUAUGGAAAUUUUCGCCUUCCACAACGGUCUCGGCAAAUGGAUAGAAAUUGGCAACUCCGGAGUUUUCAGGCCAGAACUGGUGCUCCCGAUGGGCCUACCGGCAGACGUGAACGUCAUCGCGUGGGGCCUCUCCUUAGAGCGACCCACCAUGAUCAAAUACGGGCUCAACAAUAUUAGGGACCUAGUUGGUCCCAAGGUCGACUUACAAAUGGUACAGGAUAACCCUCUUUGUCGACUCGAUAAGUAACCUCUACGUAUUUGUUUUCUUAUUUA